GCCGUCAAGAACUUCAAACUAGGCCCCUCGACUCUGCGUGAUAUAGUACUCAACGGCUUCAGAGCUAGCUUCCAUCCCAGUCGCAAUGCCAAGACCAAGAAGGAGUACGUGGACAAGGUCAUUCGCUACUACGACUCUAUCGAGAUGAAAUACGGCUUCCACG